CCUCCAACCGCGGCGUGCUCGCCCAGCACGCUGUCAACUGCCCCAGCGCCCGGCCUAAUUUCUGAUUUCUCGUGAGAUAGGGCUGCCUGCCCUCUGCGCCGCCAAUGCAGUGUCGCACAUUAGUACGAUGCACCUUGUUGUUCCAGUUUGGCGUUGCACAAUAUAUCUUCAGCAAUAGAAAUGACUUGUCUUUUCUCCUCUUCCAAACCCUGCUACGUCCGACUCCACUCCAACCAGCGUGGUCUGCCAAUCCCGUAGAAUCUCUGAAAAGCAUCGAACGACCUCAAGCAGCGCCGCGUACGUGUACAAAGACCUCUGCCGUAGCGCUGUCCAAGUACAUUAUUCCCAGCCAUACUUCUACCUCCCCUGCCCGCUGCCGCAGAACCAUCAACAACUGCGGCACGGCGCAAACGACUGAUCGCCCAGAAUGUUAUCAGCGUCCCAGCGGCCUCCCAAUUGGAACUCUUCCCGGCAGGCGGGCUGAUCCGUAACCGCUGCAAGUCCAGGGAUGGCAACCUGGGUUUGAAUCCAGAGCCGCGGCGACCUCGUGCCGGCAUGCCUAUCACGGGCUUGCAGAGGCACACGAGCUCUUACCUCUGGACGCCGUUGCGCCUUCACGAGCUGGAAAGCGUGCUUUCGCGCUCGCAGGCCAUCGGGGCUCGUUAUCGCGUCGUCGAUGGGAAUUGAACAACUCAUCGUCAUGAGA